UAUGGAGGACAGGAUGGUGCCAGUUGUCAGGCAAACCGACCGGAUUCAAGUGGCUUAAAUCCUGGAUACGACUCUUCAUGGAGUGCUUCAGGCUCACUUGCAAAUGCGGUAUCACAGUCUAGCAGUGGGCCUCUGGUUCCUAGCUACCAGCCCCAGCAGAAGCAGCCGCAGGUUCCUGGCUACCGGCCCCAGCAGACUUUCUACAACUUCAAGAUGCCCCAGAUGCCACGCUAUCUGCCCAAGCAGCCACCAGUUCUGAAAAAACUUUUCAGACAACGGGUGCCUAGCUACCCUCAGCGGCCUAGCUAUCCCUCCAAGCAGCCCCAGGUGCCCAGUUACCCAUCCAAGUGGCCUCAACCUCAGCAGCCCCAGGUUCCCAGCUAUCCAUCCAAGCAGCCUCAACCUCAGCAGCCCCAGGUGCCUAGCUAUCCUCAAGCACCUCAACCUCAGCACCCCAGGCGCCCGACUACCCACCUCAGCAGCCUCAACCUCAGUGGGCCCAGCUACCCACCUCAGCAGCCCCAGGUGCCAGCUUCAUCAAGCCAGCCCCAGGUGCCCAGCUACCACCUCAGCAGCCCAGCCCCAGGUGCCCAGCACCCACCUCAGCAGCCUCAACCUCAGUGGCCUAGCUACCACCUCAGCACGCCCCAGGUGCCUAGCUAUCCAAUCCAACAGCCCCAGGUGCCCAGCUACCCCCACCUCAGCAGCCUCAACCUCAGUGCCCACUACCCACCUUCAGCAGCCCUCAGGUUGCCUAGGCUAUCAUCCAAGCAGCCAACCUCAGCAGCCCCAGGUGCCCAGCUACCACCUCAAGCAGCCUUCAAACCCAGUGGCCUAGCUACCCACCUUAGCAGCCCCCGGUCCUAG